CAAUGGCGUUGUAGAUGUACGCAGGAAAUUUGCGCAGUUGCAUCGCAGCCAUUAUUGUUUGUGUAUUUUACUGCAAGUUUGAAGACUAGCAGAAAAAAAUGGGUGCAUAUAUUAUAUAGAAAUACCGCGAUUUUUUUUGCUAAACUCUUGUUAAGCUGAGAUUUCUGAUGCACUUUUUUAUGACGUAGCAGUCAGCAGUCUGAUAGUGCGCUUUAUUUUUUUUAAAGCCACUAUAACACGGAGCCACAACAUUUACACAACGCAGUAUUUUGAGUCCCCAGUGCAGCGAUGGACGUGUCGCUGAAAAGCGAAUCAUCUGAAAGUAUCAUGCCUCCAUCCUGCGAUGAAAGUCCAGCUGCAGCUGAGUCGACUGCGAGCGUGUCUUGUGCAAUUGCGGCUCAUCAUGUCGAGCAGCUGAAGGAACCCACCCCUGUGUUACUUUACCCUAUCAGCAUAAACAAUGCUGUGCCUGUAUUUAGAGACCAGAAGGGGCCCCAUGUUAUAAGCAGGGAGGAAGCAAGAAAAGGUACUGCAGCACGGGCCUACCCCGAAGCUGUGUCUACAUCAUCGGAGUUUACCCACCGUGCUAUUGUGCACCUCAUUGAGGCGAUGCAUCGAUGCUGGGACAUGUAUGGCUCCCAUGAACGUUCCCGUCUCUUCCAGAAUGUCCAGAGUGAGCUGGAGAACCUUGGCCACUCAUUGCCAGUAGAAAAGAUCAGAAGAAAAUGGAACAACCUUAUUGUCACAUACAAGAGAGUAAAAGAGCGCAGCAGGCUGGGUAGAGGACAGGCCAAGACCUCAUGGGAAUAUUUUGAGAUGAUGGACAAAGUGUUAGGAAAAGCAAAGAUCAAUCAGAGCGACCCUGCUUCAACUCUUGUUGGAUUUACAGCCACAACUAAAACAUCUGUAAGGACUGAAGAGCAUCAGAUGCACAAUGUGUCAGUUGCUGCAAUGGCCACCCCUUGUUUGCUCCCUAGUGGGCUCUUUACCACACCGUCCCCAAUUCCUACACUGGUGACAUCCCCACUCCUGUGUAACACAUCCCCAAACCCAAGCCCUGCGUGUAGUACUGACAUUUCCAUGUCCAAUGUUUCCUCCAAACCUGCUUCCAAGGUUACAAGGCAGCCAUUGAAACGGAGGUUUCGGCAUCUUCAGGUCGGCUCAGUGGUCUCUCGCUUUGCCCAACAGCAAGGGCUCGCAGGUGAGCGUACUGCCCUUCUUCGCAAUUUCAUCACCAGUCAUGAAGAACGCGAACGCCUGGAGGAGCAGCGCCAACGCAAAAAGGAGGCCCGGGAGCGGCGCCAGGAACGAACACUGGGUAGCAUGGCUGAAGCAAUGGGAAGGAUGGCAACAGCCCUGGAGUUAAUUUCAUCCAAGCAAGACACCAUCAUUGCCCUGCUUCAAAGAUUGUCUGAUAAACAUUAGGCAACAAAUCAAGAGAUUUUUUUUAAAAAACAUGAUCAUUGGAUUUAGAAGAAUGUAUGUAUCUGUGUGCAGUGAUGUUUCCCUGUUUAUUGUUGGUUAUUAAUUAUAAGUAAAUGUAAAACUAUUUCUGAAAAGCCGUAGAAAAUUUGUAACAGGGUAAUUUUAACUUUGUAAAGCAUACUACAUUUCUUAAGACAGUACUAUAACUAGUCAUCACUUUAGUCUUCUCUCCUUAUUUUCCAGAUGUUUUUGAUUGGAAUAGAUUCAGGCAUAAACAGUGUGCAUAACCUUUUUUUUGUAUUAUUAUUUUCUUGUUUAUAGUAAACAAAAAUGUACAGUUGAGCUGUAACAAAUAUAUUUGAGCAUAGCAAAUAAAAAUGCAGUUACUGUUUUUUUUACUCAUU